AUUCAAUUUUCCGAACGCAGAUUUCUAAAUAACAGUGUCAGAGUUUAAAGAUGUCCUAAAUUCUACGUGUUAAAAAAUGUAAAUUAUCAAAAUUUUAGUGAAAUAAAACGUGGCCGCGAUGUCAAACCGCCCGAAAAGUUACAAAGGAUACGAAGAUCAUGUCGAGAAAAUUGUCAAAAACGUAGUACCGGACAUAAAGAGUUUGAUUUCGAACCAUUCAAACUCAGUGGGGCAUAUAAAAGAUCUCACACUUGAGAAGGUUGUACGUGAUAUGGCAAAUGUAUUCCAGGACCUAAGGAACGGCAUCUCUUUAGUAAAAAGUGCCUCGAAAUCGGAAUCCCUUACGAAUAUAGAGGUGGAACUGAACAAAAUUUACAAGAAACAAGAUGAAAUCAAUAAACAAAAGGAAGAAGCGAGGAAGAAGAAAGCGGAGGAGGAAAAGAAGACGAAAACGAACCAAUUAAGGCAAAAUAAAAAUAACGAGGGCAAAGUUAAGAAAACCAGUAACACGACGAAUUCUGUAACGUCGUCCAGGAAGCCCGAGGCUACCAAGGGUUUGAAGAAGAGACCUUCUAGUUCUAAGGAGAAGGUUACAGUAACAAACUUAAAAUUCCCUAAAGAGAAUUCGUAUUUAAAUGCUCAAAGUAAGGCUGCCAAAGGACCAAGCACGGACACCAUAACCAGAUUAGGUAGGCCUAAGACAACAGACGGUCCGACCCUGAGGCGACCCCUACCUACCUCCGAACAUAGGAGAUCCAACUCGGUAGGUCCCCCUAGGGAGAUCUACAAUCCCCUAGGGAUUUUGAAAGACGAAGUAGACCGAGCUAUUAGGGAGAAGAAAACUUUCACCAUUAAAGGGCAAUUUCCCGCUGUAAAAAGGGCUCUCCUAAAACGCGGAUGGAUAGAAAAGUACCAUCCGAAUCACAGGUUGAACGACGAUUUUCGGCAAUUUAAGUUUAUGGAAGUCACCGAUUUAGUGGAUCUUUUAAGGAAUAAAGAGCAAGCCGAGUCUGUUAAGAAAAUCAUCAAGUCGAAACUUUUAAAAGAUCAUCAGGUAGAUCUUUACUGGGACCACACCUAUGAUGCUUUUAAAGAAUGCCCUGAUAAUAUUAAGUUAACGCUCAUCAAUCGAUUUAGAAGGGAGUCUUUUAGUUAUACGAGUAAACAAGGACUGUGCCAAGCGGCUAGAGAAGCACACUGGCUUCAAAUUCCCGGUGUGGCAUGCAUAAAUCAUCCAAGAUGCUUUGUCCUAACCAAAGGAGGCGACACCAAAUUUUUCCUAAGAGAUUUCGGACUAACUGCGGCAGUAUCGUUGCUUAAAUGGGUGAUAAAGAACAACAUCACUGGGGAGUGUAAGAUUAUAAGUGAUACAGGAAAAAUUCCAAUGAAGGCAUUCCACUUUGCCGUAGCUGAAUGCUACAAGUUCAUAAAACAACAGACACAUCAAGAUAUAGAUGAAGAAAUACGCGAUGCAAUGGAAGUAGAAUGGAACGAGUUUCUCGAUCAGUUUUAUAAAAUCGUGCAUGUGGGCAAUCACUUUAAACUGGCUGAUAAGGACUUAGAUUGCUUGCAAGAAACUAAGGAUAUGGUACGUAAAUCAAACUAUCUACUCAAUCAAUUGAGGGAGUACAUGCCUUGGCUAGAUAUGGACGGGUACAUGAACAUCUGGAUCUUGAAACCGACGAAUAGCAGCAGGGGCAUAGGGAUACACAUCUGCCGAACCCUUCAGUACAUUUUGGAAGUUGUGAGGAAGAACCCGAAUAGGCGAUACGUCAUUCAAAAAUACAUCGAGCGUCCUUUUUUGAUCCACGACACAAAGUUCGAUAUCAGACAGUGGUUCUUAGUAAGCAGUUCUUACCCACUGACAAUUUGGUUGUAUAAGGUGUGCUACUUGAGAUUCAGUUCCCAAACGUACAACCUAAGGAAACUGCACGAGUCGAUACAUUUGACAAACAACUCGGUGCAAGCGAAGUAUAUGCAAAAAAACACGAGGGAUCCGUUGCUUCCUUCUUACGGAAUGUGGGAUUCAAAACAAUUUAAGAACUACCUAUCGGAUAUCGGCUUCCCAGAGAUUUUCGACACAGUUAUCUAUCCGGGAAUGAAGCAGUGUAUCACGGGUGCCAUGAUAGCGCAUCGGGACAAAAUCGACCGAAGAAAGUGCUGCUUUGAGCUGUACGGUGCCGACUUUAUGUUGGCCGAAAAUUUCGAACCCUGGCUACUGGAGAUCAACUCUAAUCCGGCUCUACAUGCGUCUACACCGGUUACCGCUAGACUGUGUCCAGAGGUGCUUGAAGAUGUGAUCAAAGUUGUGAUAGACUACGAUCGAAACCCGAAAGCUUCAACUGGGAACUUCGAAUUAAUCUACUUAGAACAAAUGCCUGCUAGUCCUAAAUUCAAGCAGAAAUUCCAAGUAACCGGGAAACCAUUGCCAGAAAACUAUUUUUGUGACCUGGAAAAAGACCCGACCCUACUGCAAACACCCCCAAAACCACCUGAAAAAUUCGAGACUCCAGAUCCAGGAAAGUUCUUGAUACAAACGAGGGAGUCGAUGAGGGACGCGUUAAAAAACCUGCUGGACCUAGUUAAACGUGAAAAAUUGAAAAGGAGAUCAAGAAGGGAAAAGUCAGUAGAGGCUAAAUCGGAAGUGUUCGAGUUGGGGGUGCCAAAACCGACCGAACUGGUGUCUCUUUAUGAAAACUCGACCAUUUCGGAUGCAGGAUCCGAUCAUUUAUCGUGUGAAAUAUCAAAUGGGGGUAGUCAAGACACUUUGACCGAAGAUGAAACCAGGAGAGUGGUAAAAGUUCUGCAUGAUAUCAAAGAACUUCGCCAGAAGAAAAACGUGUUGACGAGUUUGGUUAAAGUCGUUGAUCAUUUUAAAAAUGUUAAAAAAUAGUUUUAAUAGAGAACCUUUUGGAGGUACAACUAAGAUUUCCAAGUGAGGGUUCAGAAACCCAUUAUGUGAACUCAUGUCAGUACCUCAGAAUUUAUUUACGCUUUACAGCUGCACUGAUGCAUCAUGGGUCUUUUUAAAGUUAAAUUCUCUUCAAAAAGAGUCUUAAGAGUUUUUUUCCAAAAAUGCAUAGUUUUUGAGUAAUUGGAAAAAAAACUGAACCAAUACGUACCCCUAGUUCUUUUGCCAAAAAACUAUAUUUGCUUUGUUUCUAGUUAAAAUGCAUAUGAAAUUACAGGUAAUUGAAUUCCUUUCAAGAAAGUCUUAUGGGUUUUUCUUAAAAUUUGGGCAGUUUUUAACAAAAACUGAGCUAGUAGGUACGUCUAGUUUUUUUGAAUAAAUAUGUCAUUUGCCUUAAGUAUUGAGAGUUGUAAUAUAUAUCAAAUGAAAGGAAAAUAAAUUCUUUUUAAAAAGUG